CAGUGUGGUUCACCCCCUGCGAAGGAAACCCCGCCCUCGCUGCUCCUGCGCGCCCCGCCCAGGCCCGCAGCGCGGCUGCAGCGCGAGGGGCGGAGAGGCACAGCGCGGAGAGAGGACCAGACGCCCAGGUCGCCGCAUCCAGUGCCGCAGGAGACCGAAAGCGCGCCUUCGCCCGGGUGUCCCAGCUGCUUCCUUGGCCCCAGCGACAGAUCACCUGUCCUCCGCCUUGACCCCAGCUCAGCGCUCCCUUCUUUCGGAGCACACACUACCCCGUGCAGCCGAAGACUUGCGACCACCAUGGCGGAGACCAACAACGAAUGCAGCAUCAAGGUGCUUUGCCGAUUUCGGCCCCUGAACCAGGCAGAGAUUCUGCGGGGGGACAAGUUCAUCCCCAUUUUUCAAGGGGACGACAGCGUCAUUAUUGGGGGAAAGCCGUAUGUCUUUGACCGUGUAUUCCCCCCAAACACGACUCAGGAGCAAGUUUAUCAUGCAUGUGCCAUGCAGAUCGUCAAAGAUGUCCUUGCUGGCUACAAUGGCACAAUUUUUGCUUAUGGGCAGACGUCCUCAGGGAAAACACAUACCAUGGAGGGCAAGCUGCACGACCCUCAGCUGAUGGGAAUCAUUCCUCGGAUUGCUCGAGACAUCUUCAACCACAUCUACUCCAUGGAUGAGAACCUGGAGUUCCACAUCAAGGUUUCUUACUUUGAGAUUUACCUGGAUAAGAUCCGAGACCUUUUGGAUGUGACCAAGACAAACCUGUCUGUGCACGAAGACAAAAAUCGGGUGCCGUUUGUCAAGGGUUGUACCGAACGCUUUGUGUCCAGCCCAGAGGAGAUUCUGGAUGUGAUCGAUGAAGGGAAGUCAAACCGCCACGUAGCUGUCACCAAUAUGAACGAGCACAGCUCUCGGAGCCAUAGCAUCUUCCUCAUCAACAUCAAGCAGGAGAACAUAGAGACGGAGCAGAAGCUCAGCGGGAAGCUGUACCUUGUGGACCUGGCCGGGAGCGAGAAGGUCAGCAAGACCGGAGCAGAAGGGGCUGUGCUGGACGAGGCAAAGAAUAUCAACAAGUCGCUGUCGGCCCUGGGAAACGUGAUCUCUGCCCUGGCUGAGGGCACUAAAAGCUAUGUGCCGUACCGUGACAGCAAAAUGACGCGGAUUCUUCAGGACUCCCUGGGAGGAAACUGUAGGACCACCAUGUUCAUCUGCUGCUCACCGUCCAGCUACAAUGACGCGGAGACAAAGUCUACCCUGAUGUUUGGGCAGCGGGCAAAGACUAUUAAGAAUACUGCCUCAGUGAAUCUGGAGCUGACGGCUGAGCAAUGGAAGAAGAAAUAUGAGAAGGAGAAGGAGAAGACCAAGGCCCAGAAGGAGACCAUCGCAAAGCUGGAGGCCGAGCUGAGUCGGUGGCGCAAUGGAGAGAAUGUGCCUGAGACCGAGCGCCUGGCUGGGGAGGACUCAGCUCUGGGAGCUGAGCUGUGUGAGGAGACUCCUGUGAAUGACAACUCAUCCAUCGUGGUCCGCAUCGCACCCGAGGAGAGGCAGAAGUAUGAGGAAGAGAUCCGCCGCCUCUACAAGCAGCUUGACGACAAGGACGAUGAGAUCAACCAGCAGAGCCAGCUCAUUGAGAAGCUGAAGCAGCAGAUGCUGGACCAGGAAGAGCUGCUGGUGUCUACUCGGGGAGACAAUGAGAAGGUCCAGCGGGAGCUGAGCCACCUACAGUCAGAGAACGAUGCUGCUAAGGACGAGGUGAAGGAAGUCCUGCAGGCCCUGGAGGAGCUGGCAGUCAACUACGACCAGAAGUCGCAGGAGGUGGAAGAGAAGAGCCAGCAGAACCAGCUGCUGGUGGACGAGCUGUCCCAGAAGGUGGCCACCAUGCUGUCCCUGGAGUCUGAGCUACAGCGACUCCAGGAGGUCAGUGGACACCAGCGGAAACGGAUCGCUGAGGUACUCAAUGGGCUGAUGAAGGACCUGAGCGAGUUUAGUGUCAUCGUGGGCAACGGUGAGAUUAAGCUGCCAGUGGAGAUCAGCGGGGCCAUUGAAGAGGAGUUCACCGUGGCCCGACUCUACAUCAGCAAAAUCAAAUCGGAGGUCAAGUCUGUGGUGAAGCGGUGUCGGCAGCUGGAGAACCUGCAGGUGGAAUGUCACCGCAAGAUGGAGGUGACUGGCAGGGAGCUGUCAUCCUGCCAGCUGCUCAUCUCACAGCAUGAGGCCAAGAUCCGUUCGCUUACGGAAUACAUGCAGAGUGUGGAGUUGAAGAAGCGGCACCUGGAAGAAUCCUAUGACUCCCUGAGCGAUGAACUAGCCAAGCUUCAGGCGCAGGAAACUGUGCAUGAAGUGGCCCUAAAAGACAAGGAACCGGACACACAGGACGCAGAGGAAGUGAAGAAGGCCCUGGAGCUGCAGAUGGAGAAUCACCGUGAGGCCCAUCACCGGCAGCUGGCCCGCCUCCGGGAUGAGAUCAAUGAGAAGCAGAGGACCAUUGAUGAGCUUAAAGACCUGAACCAGAAGCUGCAGUUGGAGCUGGAGAAGCUGCAGGCUGAUUAUGAGAGGCUGAAGAACGAAGAGCACGAGAAGAGCGCCAAACUGCAGGAGCUGACAUUUCUGUACGAGCGACAUGAGCAGUCCAAGCAGGACCUCAAGGGGCUGGAGGAGACAGUUGCCCGGGAACUCCAGACCCUCCACAACCUUCGCAAGCUGUUCGUUCAAGACGUCACGACUCGAGUCAAGAAAAGUGCAGAAAUGGAACCCGAGGACAGUGGGGGGAUUCACUCCCAGAAACAGAAGAUCUCCUUUCUUGAGAACAACCUGGAACAGCUUACAAAAGUUCACAAACAGCUGGUACGUGACAAUGCAGAUCUGCGUUGUGAGCUUCCUAAAUUGGAAAAACGACUUAGGGCUACGGCUGAGAGAGUUAAGGCCCUGGAGGGUGCACUGAAGGAGGCCAAGGAGGGCGCCAUGAAGGACAAGCGCCGGUACCAGCAGGAAGUGGACCGCAUCAAGGAAGCCGUGCGGUACAAGAGCUCCGGCAAGCGGGGCCAUUCUGCCCAGAUUGCUAAGCCUGUGAGGCCUGGCCACUACCCAGCCUCCUCACCCACCAACCCUUAUGGCACCCGGAGCCCCGAGUGUAUCAGUUACACCAACAGUCUCUUCCAGAACUACCAGAACCUGCACCUGCAGGCUGCACCUAGCUCCACCUCAGAUCUGUACUUUGCUAACUCCUGUGCCAGCAACGGAGCCACAUCCGGUGGCCCCUUAGCUUCCUACCAGAAGGCCAACAUGGACAAUGGAAAUGCCACAGAUAUCAACGACAACAGGAGUGACCUGCCAUGCGGCUACGAGGCUGAGGACCAGGCCAAGCUUUUCCCUCUCCACCAAGAGACAGCAGCCAGCUAACUCCCAUUCCUGGCUACAUAUCUGCACUUCCAGGUAGCCGAGGCAACUCCCCACUCUGGCCCUGGUCUCUUCCCAUCUGGCCAUGUCUCUUCUGUUUCUUUUCUUUUUAUAGUGUGUGUGUGUGUGUGCAUGUGUGCGUGCGUGUGUGUGUGUGCGCACGCGCGUGUGUGUAUGUGCACCUUAUUUUCUGAAACAAGGUCUCUCACUGAAACUGGAGCUUGCUGUUCUGGUUGGACUGCUGGUCGCUCACCCCCACCCCUACCCCCCUUUUCUGCCUGUUUCUGUCCCCCCAGUGCUGGCUUUAUGUGUGUGCUGGGGAUCUGAACACAGUCCUCUUCCCUACGCAGAAGCACCUUAUGACUGAGCCAUCUCCCCAGCACCUCCCCUCUUUAUUUUUUCUUAAACCAUCUCAAAACUUUUCAAUUUCUGCUUAGCCUGGUACUUAGCACAAGCCUAUAGUCCUAGCACUCAGACAGAGGCAGGAGGAUCAUGGGUUAGUGAGAUCCUGUAUCAACAACAAACAGAAGGAUUUACUAAGAACCCCAAAUCACACAUCAGUUCAUGCUUUCCCUUAUGGAGGUUACCUCCAACCCUGACCUCUCAUGUACCUUGGUGCUACCCUUCAGGUCUGGCGGUAACUGCAGUACUGAUCUCCACCACUAGGGAUCGCUCACACAUUUAGAAAAAUUGUAUACGCUUGCCAACAGCUACAGCGACAGGAGAGCUUGGGAGAACAUCCCAUCAAGCCUCCGCCUCCACCAUAAAAUAACCUUAGACACAUGGAGAUGCUUUGAGCUAAGAUGCCUCUUGUCACGAUGUCUGUUUUAUUCUUGUGUACUAUUCCUAGAUCUGCAUAUGCUACCAAAGACUCUGAUGCUGUCUGACUCUUGGUCCCUCUAGCUAGUGACAUUGGUCCUCUCCAUACUGUUCACUGAAAAUGAAAACCAACUGCCUCCAGUCUCCAACCCCUCCAGCUUCCAUGCCUCCUUCUUGCCAGGAGUUUCCCCACCCCCUUGUUCCUGGUGUCCCCAGGCUUCUUGUCAUGGUUGCUUUAAACCCCAGGUGGUCAGUGGGACCUAUUUUGUCAGAUCCUUGGCGGACUAGGAUCACUAGGAUUGAGAGCAAAUGGCCAGUCUCUUGCUGGGCUGUACUAGGCCAAGCCCCUCCCAGGUUUGGCCAGGCAGAAAAGCAUAGGGAAGAGAGAACUGGAAUGGAGAAAGAGGAUGCUGGGAGAAUUGGGAUGGAGAAGCAGGGGUUGGUCUGGCUGAGAGUGGGGGUGGAUGGGGUUGGCUUGUCGGUGUUAAAGGGACAGAACUGUAAACCAAUGUGUGUGCCAAUACCGUCUGUUCUGACACAGAGCCUGGGCUCCGGCUGGCUCCUCACGCCUUCUUUCUCUUUCUUUCCCAGUUUCUAAGAGGGACUGAGGCCUCUUCUCUCAGCAUGCUGCAAAACCUGUGGUCUCUGAUACUAGCUCCCUCCCCAGCCCGUGUUGUUGGACUGUCGAUGUCUCCUCCCUCAUACUCUGUACUCUGUAUCUAUAUACCAGAAGCUGCUGCUGCUGCUGCUGCGUCUCCUCUGUUCUUCUCUCUCAGUAGCUGGUGAUGUAUUUAGCAGGUUGUAAGCAUAGUCUCCCCUCCUCGUUCAGCAUUAGGGAGGAGGGGAGUGUCUUCUUCUUUCUUCCAUAUGCUUGUUUCUUACACCGAGUGAUGUUAGUCACCGAGUAGAGGUCACAAGAUGAUCACGGAAAUGCGGGAACUAGGAGAGCACGCUCCUUCUUGCUCACAAACACACGUAUACAUGCACACACACACACAGUGUACAUACAAAGCCUUAAGCAGAAGAAUGUCAGCAUCUACGAAAAGAGAGAAACAGAACACCCCCCCCCUCUUUACACAGAGCACAGGGGAGGACCAAGCAGAAGGGUUGCUAAAUUGCCCCCCAUCCUCCCUUCACCUGAGGCAGGAGAUUGUGGGUGUUCACUUCGGCCCUGUGAAGUCUGCCUUUUGCUGCCUUCUCCCCCAAUCUGAGAGCAUGGACUGUUCAAGGGACUCUUUCCCUUCCUGGCCCAAACCUCUUUUGAUACUUUCUACUCUAGCUAUCAGACUCAGAACUUAGAGUUGACUUAAAAACUAUAUUCUGAAAAGUUGAGAAGGCGGACCUCUGAGAAAGGGCCGCUCGUCUGUCUGGGCCGAUAGUUACAAGCAAGCGGAGUUAGAGCGACGGGUUCCCUGGGUCUGGGGCGUGGACAGGCUGAGGGCUACCAUGUGUUUUUCUAUCGCAGUGCCCUUGGGUUGAAGUUUUGAGCUCAUUCUUUCUCCCUUUUGGGCCGCACUUGCUUCCCACCUCCGACUCUGGUUUGGGGCUUCCAGUUCACUGACGUAACAGCUGUUUCUAGCCACCUUCUCUUCGAGCUGGAGUCUGGCUCUUUCCCAACACGCCUUCUUCCCCAGCACAGAGUUCCUUUGGGAAUCUCCAUCUGAUACUAAGUGCACUUUAAAGAUGGGGCAGGGGUAGGAGGUACGGUGUAGGGGAAACAGCUUCCCCAGCACAUGAAAAAGCCGCGAUUCUGACACCCAGUACCUCACAAGAAAAGCCAGGGAUGGUGGCUCUCAUUUGCGAGUGUUGCUCUCCAGGAGCUGAGGUAGGAAAACUGCUAAAUUUGAGGCUAGCCUGGACUAUGGAGUCAGUUCCAGGAUAGCUUGAGCUACGGUGAGAAACCUUGUCUCAAAACAAAACAAAGAAGAAAAAAGAAAGGGACAGAUGAGAUUUUUCAGAAGUGACAGAGGCAGAGGGCCUGAACCUAGUCCCCUCCCUACAGCCAUUCUCAGCCCAGGUUCUCUCCUCUCCAGCAGUCGAGGGGACAUUACUUUAAUUCAGAUGGUCCUUUCCUCCCAUCGGCUAAGGUGGUUUCCCGGAUAACUGCAGGAAUGAAGGUCACCACCCAGCUAAGCCAAGCAAUACAGCCAGCCGAGCAUCCAGAUACCCGGUCUUUCCCGGGGUGGGAGACCAGGCCACCGCGACAGCAGGGUGCCCUGUCUGCCAGCUUCAGAGCUGGAGGCAAGACUGUGGAUGGCUGGACAGCAGCUGGUACAUGGGGGCUGUAGUGGUUGUGACUCCUCCAAGGGGACGUUUCUGCUCUUUACCUGUUAAAGAACGGCAGAGAUGAAGACAGCCUCAGAGCGGUGUGGGGAAGUCCAGAGCGGCAGUCUUCAGUGUUUCAAAGUCAGUCUUAUGUAGGAAGGCGUAAAAAGUAAGCCAGGGCUUUGGUGGUGGCUCAGUGGUUCUGCGCUGGCCUUUGAUACUUAGUGUGAUAAAGCCUUAUAAGGGUCCCAUCUUUCUCUGGGACUGCAAAGCCCAGGAAAAACCCCAAAUGAUAAAUAGUUCAAGCUUGGGAAGUUUAUCUUUUCCUACUCCUCCCCGCCCCCAGGGCAAAUGCUUAAUUAGUUGAAGGGCCCCAAAUAGCCCUAAGCGUAUAGGAAUCCCUUAUUUUCAAGAGGGGCCCAACGUGGUUUCCCUACCCUGAAACCACAACUCCAAAGAGACUACAGGUGGGGCAUAUGAGUCUCUGUCUCGGACGCAGUGGGCAAAGGAGGCAGACAGCAUCCUGUCUGUGACUCCGUGCCAGCGGGACACCUGAGAAUCUGAGGGAGUUUGUGUAAGCUUGCCACCAGACGAUUCUUCCCAAACACAAGGAAACGUUGAGUGUCCACAGCAGAGCAGACGACAGGAGGGGUGGUGUAUCCUUCCAGAGCCUUCUCUUCGGCACUAUGUAAGGGAAUACCACUUGCUUAUGUUAGCCAGAAACAGCCCCUUUACCAGGAACUUCUCACCACACUCUCCCUCCCUCCGUUCACCGCAUCCCCUUCAGACAGCCAGGUCACCAGGAGAUGACCUGCCCGCCCACCCACAUCUGCCAAAAUGUUGCAUGCCAGCGUGGAAGACAGACCAAAUUGCACAAAUCCCAGUGUGUAUUUACUUGGUGGACACAGAUACCUUUAAAAUAAAAUAAAUCCAAUGAC